AUGCCGGUUGAAUCCGAGAUUCAGUGUCAACUGUUUAAAUGUCUGAUGAUUAAGGAGUUGAAAAGUGGUUCAAAGGAUGCUUUUGUUAUUGAUAUCAAUGGGACCGAACUCAGGUUUACUCUAUUUGAUUUUGCAUUAAUUACUGGGCUCAAAUGUUAUGGUGAGGAAAUUGAAUUUCCGGAUGUUAAGAACAAAUUCAUGACAAAGUAUUCUCCUGGGGCAACAAAAAAUGUUUUAAAGAUGUCGUUAAACAAGUAUUUUGAAGAUCGGGAUUGGGGUGUCGGGGCUAAUGCUGAUAGAGAUGCUGUUAGGAUUGUGAUCUUAUAUUUCAUCCAUAAUUAUUUACUGUCCAGUGAAAAGAGAAACGUGACAGUACCAAAAAAAUAUUUUGAUUUGGUUGUGAGUGGACGAUAUGUAGAUUAUACAUGGGGUAAAGAAGCAUUCGAUGAUCUGAUUGUUAGUGUUCACAACAGGAUGCAAAAUAUACUUCGAUUUUACUGUCUUCGGGGUUUUCCAUAUGCUAUGCAAGUUUGGAUAUACGAGUGUUGUUCCAACGUUGACCCCAAUUUAGCUGUUAAGACACCGAUUCCAAGAAUGUUCAACUGGAAAACAAUUAACACACAACCAACGGUUUUCCUACUCAUGUCGGGCAUGUUCAGAGAAGAAACGGAGGAUGAGUAUGUUGAUUUCUCUACAGCACCACCACAUGUUGCUGCUGUUAAAGAAAAAGAACGGAAAAUCGCUUCAAAGUCUCCACCACGCAAGAAAUCUAGGAAGAUGUCAACGGCACCGUUGCCGGAGGAAAAUCGACAAUCAACCGUCCAACAAACUGUCAUCCCACUGUCAGUUCCAACAAGAGUUUCUGUACCAGUUCAGCCCGUUCAAUCAAAAGGAAAAGAAACAGUUGGUACAAUUACACACCACGCAUCUGUUGAUGAUUCAUCCACCAACAGAUCAGAUGACAUCAAAUCUUUGAGGGAAGAUUUCAACAAAUUCAAACAAGAUGUUGUUGAUGCACUCAAGUCUGUAUUUACUGAAUUAAAGGAUUUUCGUCUUGCGAUGGAUGAAAAAUUAACAAAGCUUUUGAAAAAUAAAAAACUGAAUCAAAAUUCAGAAAAGGGGGCUGAUAGUGAAACACAUGCUCAAUUUCGGGACGAGAACAUACCUCACGCAGGUGAUGCCUACAUGGACCAUGAUGAUGGUAUCCAAAUGGAUACUACUACUAUUCAUGUUUCUUUUCCCGAGGGUGAUCGUCAUGAAAAACAAGCGGAUAAUGGCAAUGGAAGCGAUGAUACUGUCAAAGUUUCAACAGAAGAGAUUUUGGAAGAAGGUGAUCUUUCGGGAGAACAGAAGAUUUCUGAUGAAUGUCCGUGUUGA